GGCACCGCGCCAUUUUAAUCGAAGAACAAGCGGAAUUGAACACAUUUACCACGCCACCCCACUGGGAUUAAAUGCCUGUGCGGCUCCCGUAAAUUAAUUCGAAUUGAUACAACUUUACGCAGAAAAGAGGAGCUGAACUACUUUAUUAAGAUCCAUACCCGAUUCUGGUGGAGGAAACUGGAUGGUUUGAGGUAAAAGAUGACGCAGUUUUUACCCCCGAACCUGCUGGCACUCUUUGCCCCGCGGGAUCCCAUUCCUUUUCUGGCCCAGCUUGAGAAGCUCCCCCAUGAGAAACACCACAACCAACCCUACAGCGGCAUAGCUCCGUUUAUAAGGCACUUCGAGGAUCCCAGAGAUGCACCUCCACCAACAAGAGCAGAAACUCGUGAUGAGCGACUGGAGAGGAAGAGACGAGAGAAGAUUGAACGAAGACAAACAGUUGUGGAGACCGAACUCAAGCUUUGGGAUCCACACAAUGAUCCAAAUGCGCAGGGGGAUGCAUUCAAGACAUUGUUUGUUGCACGAGUGAACUACGAUACCACAGAGUCUAAGCUACGACGUGAAUUCGAAGUUUAUGGGCCUAUUAAACGGAUCUACAUAGUCUAUAACAAGAGGACGAGCAAGCCCAGAGGUUAUGCUUUCAUUGAAUACGAACACGAGCGGGAUAUGCACUCUGCCUACAAGCACGCCGACGGGAAGAAGAUCGACGGGCGCCGGGUGCUCGUGGACGUGGAGCGUGGGCGCACGGUGAAGGGCUGGCAGCCGCGCAGGCUUGGUGGUGGUCUGGGCGGCACCCGGAGGGGCGGCGCCGACGUCAACAUCAAACACUCUGGCCGAGACGACGCGUCACGCUACGACGAGGCGCGCCCCAUCGGAGGAGGGGAACGCCCCGAGCGAGGAGAGCGGGACCGCAGCGAGCGGCCGGAGCGGAGCCGGGAGCGUGGUGAGCGAGGGGGGGAGCGGGCCGAGCGCGGCCGGCGGCGGCGGCGGCCCCGGCGGCGCCGGAGGAGAGCGCGGCGGCGGCGGCGGCGGCGAGCGAGGAGGGGGAGGUCGGCGGGGGGCGGGAACCGGCGCAGAGACCGGGAGCGGGAGAGGGAGAGAGCGGCAGGCGGGGCCGGCGGGGGCGGCGGCGGGGGCGGGGAGAGCAACAGCCGGGAGAGGAGCCGUGACAGGGAGAGGAAGAGGCGUAGCCGCAGUCGGGACCGCAAGCGGGAAGGGGAGGAGCGGGGCAAGGGGGCGGACGGCGGCGAGGAGGUGGGCGCGGGCGUAGCGGAGGGCGCGGCCGAGGAGGGCGCCGAGAGGGCGCCGGAGGAGGGCGAGGAGGGCGGGGAGGGGCCCGACGAGCGCAGCAGGGAGCGGGACCGGGGCGACCGCGAGAGGGACCGCAGGCGCAGCCACCGGGACAAGGGCGACCGGGACCGGGACCGCGAGAGGCGCCGCGGCGACCGCGACCGGGACAGGGAGCACAAGAGGGACCGGGGCGACAGGGAGAGGGGCGGGCCCGAGCGCCGCGAGGACAGGCACUCCUCCAUGCUGUCCCGGGAUGAGAUGGGCCCCCAGGAGGAGGUGGGCAACGGGGCGGAGGAGGGCGAGGCCCCGCCGCCCAUGGAGGAGUACAGUCAGGACGGGAUGGAGCGCGAGUCGAUGCAGUCGGGCGAAGGCUACGGCUCCAACGAGAACGGCUUCAAGAUGGAGCCCCAGGGGGAGGAGUACUGAGAUUGGCACCGUGCUCUUUGAUUACUGUCAUAUGCAAUUCUCAGUUGUGUGUGAUUGCUACUGUACUAAACUACAGCCCCCACAGCCUAGCCAGUGGGAAGUGUAAUUCGUAAGUACUUUAUGCCCUUCUUCAGGCCUGUGUUCGUCAUUUGGUUCUUCUAUAGAUUGGGAUUUGAACCCCAAAGCAGUGGCACAUCGACCAAAUAGCAGCAAUGUUGAGACGGUGUCCAAAAAAUAUUUGUAACCAAAUUUUUCUAAGUGCGUUUUUCCUUUGUUUCUCUUAAGAAAAGGGGUUAGGUAAACUAAGACAAAGGCCCAUUGACAAAAGGGUAUGUUGUUAAUUAUGGAACGACGAUGCCAUCCUGUUCCAUCCUUGUAUGGUAUUGCCUUAAUUUAAUCUAUCUGAUGCUGGAGAUUUCCCAUUGGAUUAACUUAAUCGAUUUGACCCCAAUGCUUCAAAAUUGCAAAUUGUACAUAACCUCACCAAAUGUAGAACUGCAUGGUCAUGAGUGAGUUUCACUGUUUCUUUUUAUAAGACUAAAUCGAGGAAUUCGUCCUCCUCAAAGGAAUUGUGUUAAUUUUCUUUAUU